CAGUGUCCGAGUCCCUCUCAGUGUAUGUGUGGUAACAACAUGUCUGUCCCCCUCCUCGCUGACGCAGUGACUGUCUCAGGGGCAGAGCGGGAGACUGCCGCGGUCAUUUUUUUACACGGCCUUGGAGACACGGGGCACAGCUGGGCUGACGCUCUCUCCUCCAUCCGCCUCCCCUACGUGAAAUACAUUUGCCCUCACGCGCCCCGGAUCCCAGUGACCCUCAACAUGAAGAUGGUUAUGCCCUCCUGGUUUGAUCUGAUGGGGUUGACUCCAGAUGCACCUGAGGAUGAAGCUGGGAUCAAGAAAGCUGCAGAAAACAUCAAAGCAAUUAUUGAGCAUGAGAUGAAGAACGGGAUCCCACCCAACCGCAUCAUCCUGGGGGGCUUCUCACAGGGCGGUGCCUUGUCGCUGUACACGGCUCUCACCUGCCAGCACCAGCUGGCUGGCAUCGUGGCGCUCAGCUGCUGGCUCCCGCUGCACAAGGCCUUCCCGCAGGCGGCGAAUAACGGCGUGAACAAGGACAUUGCCAUCCUGCAGUGCCACGGGGAGAUGGACCCCAUGAUCCCCGUCCGCUUCGGGGCCCUCACUGCCGAGAAGCUGAAAUCUGUCGUCACUCCCACCAAGGUCCAGUUCAAAACCUACCCCGGCGUGAUGCACAGUUCCUGUCCUCAGGAGAUGAUGGCGGUGAAGGAGUUCAUCGAGAAGCUGCUGCCCCGGAUCUAAGCGGAGCCAAUCGAGACUGUUGCAGGGAAGGACGCCGAGGUCGCAGCCGCUGAUCUUUUCCCCUGUGACCCCCGUCCGCUGCAAACGGAAGCCAUGGCACCCCACUGCACCUCCCGCUGCACCCCCGGCCCCUGCCUCUCCCCGUCUCCUCGCACCGCGUCCUCUCCGGCUGGGGAUGCCCCUCGGAGCUGAGACUGGAGCUGUCUAAGGCGAGUCUUGGAGGGGCCUUUUCUCUCCUCCUCUUGCUCUGAGGUUUUCUGUGGAGGUCACCAUCCCCUCGCCUCCCCGUUCAGACACCGCGGUGUGUGGGUCUGGCAUGGCACGGGCGAGGGUUUUUUGUUGGAUUUAGGUUUUUUGGGGUUUUUUUUGUAACAGUAUUAGGGGUGGGACGUGUCCCCGUGCAGUGGGAGGAGCGGUGCGGGCACAGGGCAGGGC